AUGACGGCCUCCGACGGGGACCGCCCUCAAUUAAUCAAGGUAUUCAAUGUAUCUAACUCUUUCCAAUCGCCUCUCACGGGUGCCGAUGUCUUGUACGUGACAAGAUUGAAUGAAAAUACCCAGGUCCGGAGGAGAAAUUACAUAUACUUGAAGACCGCCCAAUCCACGAAAGUUCCUAUCCUCUGUUGUCCCAGCCAGCUCAGCUACUCAAUCAUUUACCAACUUCACACUGGUUUCUCACCAUCUCUUGAACAAACCAAUAUCAUUCGUUUCAAAGAGAUCGCUGUCGCUUACUUCUUUGGCCUUGCUGCCUCGUCUCCGGUGCUUGGGGCCCCAACAACUUCUUCUGACGGACUGCCGGGUGCUGAUUCUGAUAGUUCCAAGCCGGAUUGGAAGACGAUUGAAGCCGACUUCAAGGAACAGCUAGCCAAGACCAAGAACGAUCAAACUCUUUCCAAGCGCCUCAACACCCACAGCGCUACUAAUGUCGGCUUGGGCCAGAUAAUCUAUGCUGCUGGAUCUGCCGCCUACAACCAUGUCAAGAGUAUCUCGAACUGGAACGAGGCACGGGAGCAAUUCACUCAGCUCACAACCAAGAUCAUGAUUGAUCACAACCCCUACCCGUCGGAGGCGGUUGCCGCCAUCUGCUACAAUAAAGGCUACGACGUUAGAGACCGUCGAGGAAUAUAUGGCUUGACCAGUCAGGAGCUUGCUAUCUGGCCUCUCAAGACUGAUUACGACUGUUUCUACAUGGGCAAGAACAACGCCUUCUGGUCUCAGGGAGACGGUGGCACGAUCAACGCAAGACUUUCCCAGCUUCCUUCUCAAAGGCUUUCACUGACAACUUGA